AUGAUUUUCACCACCCGCAAGACCAUCGGCCACCGUGCCUCCAUCCUCAAGUCGAUGAUCGGUUUGGCUCUCUGUGCUGUCCCUGUUGUCGCCGGUAGCAAUGGCAUCGUCGCCCGCGGUGAUGAGGUCCAGGCCGGCACUCUCUGCACUACCUCUUCCAUCAGUGUUCCCGUAGUCACUGCAAUCUCCUCCACCGAGUCGAGCUGCACUGGCGGGUCCGUCACCGUCACUGUGACCGUCACUACCCUCAACAGCGAUGACCCUAUGCAGACCGCCGGCCCUCCCUUGUCUGGCUCUCUGUCCAGUGACGAUAAUAUGGUCGGCACCGUCACAGAGACUGUCACUUCCACCGGCACAAUCACCGAGACCGCCAUGGACUCUACGAGCACCGACGUCGAGACCACCACAACCUCUGAUCAUGGUUACCUUCCGUUUAUCGGUUCCAUUUCCUCCAUUCCCGAGCAGCCCAGCACUGUCAACACAAUCUCGAGCACCAACACUGCCACCAGGACUCUGACUGACACCGUGUCUCUGUCGGCCAACUCGACUGUCUAUGUGAGCACGACCGUCACUGUCGCCACUGUCACAGUCAGCGGCACUGCGGGCACAGUUGGCACCAUUCUCCCCUCUCUUGGACACGGUAACGGGAACAGCACCUUCACCUACUCUGUCCCCUCGACUUCGGUCUACCCCUCGUCCGGCUCUGCCAACAAUGGUGGCGGCCGUGGUGCUCAGGUCUGGUACUGCAUUGUCAUGGUCGUUGCUGUGCUGGGCUAUACUCUCUAA